UGAGUGAGUGAGUGGUGGUAUGGGGCAGUCAGAGACAUGGCGGGGUAGCUGUGCUUCUGUGAGUGAUCGAUCGCUCUGUACGCACUUCCAACACCACUGCCAUCACCGUCCGAACCGUUGGAACGUCAACGUGCCAAUUAUCGAUGAGAUCGAAGAUGGAGGACACACAACCCCCACCGCAGCUGCCGACGACGGGCACAGGCGACUAUGCCGCUCUCGCUUGUGGCGCCGCCGCCGACCGGGGAGCUGCCUUCAAUGCUUCAGCCGCACUCGAUGGAUGUCUCGCUAUCUUGGAAGACGAUUCGCGACCUCUCGAAGAUCGAUACGACGAGAUUCGCUCGACCAUCCUUCCCUUCGAGCACUACGACACCGUGAGCCCCUCCGAACUGCGUCAAUUGCAACCCCGCCUCCUGCAGCUCCUACGGCCACACCCGCAGCUACUGCCACAACAGCUCGGAUUCGACGAGCAUGAAGACCCCUCCACAUCCCCUGCCAUCCCGCUGUACCAGUCGCUCUCCCGCAAGCUCCUCGUAGUCCUGACCGCCCUGCACCCUGCGCCAUCCACCGAGCUCGCCGCCGUCCUCGCCUCAUUCACCUCCACCGCCGACGCAUGGACCACCCCGGACACGUGCCAGCUCGCCACAGCGCUGAUGGACUCCACCCCCGCGCUCCGCUCCCGGAGCAUCCUGAUCGACGGGCUCCUCCGCGACACGCUAAAGCCGCUGUUCACGACACGCACGACCUCCUCGGCGCGGGUCACCGCCGCAGGGCGCCUCGCCAUCCGCGAGACGACCAACACGCGGAUCAACACAGACACCCCCGCAUGGCAAUCCCAGCGCCCCUCGAGCAUCGCGAUCCUGUCGUGGGUCCUCACUUCCAUCCUGGCCACGGAGAUCGAGUCGGCAUGGGGCCUUCUGAUCCCACCGAUCCUAACCCUUCUCGACUCCACCGUCUCCUCAACCAAGACGCGCGCAAUCUCCAUGAUCACGCUGCUCCUGGUCCGCCUGGAUGAAACCGCCAGCACCCGCACCCUCCUAUCGCGCACCGGCCUGGCCCCCGUAUUCUGGGCCAGCGUGUUACCCGUGCUAUCCUACCUCCCGCCCCUCACGCCCACGCGCGAGGCCGUCCCGCUGCAGCGCGCAGCCUACAGAUGUCUCUGCGCGCUCGCCCUCGCCCGCGAGCCAACGGACGCGCGCAGGCGCGCCAAGCUGCUCGACGACGUGGUGAGAGAGGGGUUCCUCCGCGGCUUGGCGUUCGCGGACGAGCAUGUCCGCGUUGUCGUGGUUAUGGUGCAGGAACUGGCACAGGUGGUAACCGCAAUGGGGGUCUGGGCGGUCAGGCAUCUUGGCACUGUCGUGCCAGCGCUGGCGGAGCUGCUCGCGAGCCCGUUUGGUGGUGCGCACACGCCGCUACUGGUCGCUGCUGCGAGGACGCUGGGCUGUGUAGUGAAAGUGGGCUGGCCCAGGAUGGGACGGUAUGUGGCUGAGGCGUUAAGGGGGGUCGCGGUUUGUUGGGUGAGAUUGGGGGAUGGGGCGCUGGAUGUGAAGACUGAGUUGAGGGACGGGAUGCAGGAAGUUAGGAAUGAGUUGAGGGCGGUGGUAAAGGCGCUGAAGUGCGUGGUUGAGUCUGAGGAGGGGGGGAGGGAGAGGUGGGAAGCACUGCAGGAGGGGGUAGUGGAGGUGGAUAGGACGGCGUUUGUGGGGUUGUUUGUGGAGUCGUGAUAGAGGGCUUCUACGAUAAGUUCGUGGGUGGGAGUGGGUGGAGGGGUCUCUGAUAUUGAAGCUAUGGGAAUCAUGAUAUAUCAUACGAGUGCCAGGCUGAGCAUCCAACCAUAAAGUUAUCCAUU